UUAUUGAAUAUUAUGCCUUCUUUAAAUUCGCAAAUUUAAAAGUAAAGUUGGCAAACGAGCGACAGGAAAAAUAAGUUGAUAUAUGCAGUAUCCAGUCGCCACCAACAGGUUGCACUAGUUACUUUUGUGCAUGAGCAGGCGCCACUGGGCUUCUCACAGGAAAGCUCCAUUUUGUGGCGGGUUUGUGGUUGUUUUCCUGUUAAGCUGAGACUGUUCUGUAUGUAAACAUACGAUAUGUAUGCAGCUAGAAAUAUUACGUUUGAAGAAUGAAGCUAGCAAUAAAAUAUGUUUCUGUGGGUAUUAAGCUCUCUUAAAACCGAUUCUGGGCUUUGUGGAUGAGAGGGGGAAAUAGUUCUGCUAGUUGGCUAGCUAGUUAGCUACGUAGUCAGUGAGAUGAGAUGCCUUUUCUGCUAUUAAAACAAUGCUAAAUGCACAUGCAAGCACGGAUAAUAACGGCUCAUCUAAAUGGCUCAAAAUAUGGAUCACGAUGGACUGAAACAUAGCAAUAAGCAGGAUGAAAGUUUGACCCUUGUGAAUUACAGUGAUAGAGGAGCAGAGGGAGCCUUUCAGAGUGGUGUGAGCAACACCACGCUGGUAGCUGCCAGCUCGGGGGAGCCUCAGAGCAAACUGCAGCCUGUGUCUGGAGAAGUCUCCAAUGGAAUGGGCAGCAAUAACCCUCAGGAAGAGUUCACCGCCAUGUCAACCUCCAUGGGACUCUAUGUGGAGGAGCCAGACUCUAAAGCCAUUGGGAACGACCAGAGAAUGCAGCUUCAGCAAUCUCCUGGCCUUUUUAUGCUAGGGGAGAACUUGACUCGCUUAGAAGCGAGCAUUGCAGACUUUAAUCGCUCCACCUCUUCCAUGGAUUCCCUGAUAGGUGGAGCGGACCCCAGUCUGUUCCCUUUGAAAACUGAGGAUUUCUCUCCCAUGGACAGGGGGGAGAUGGACUUGGAGCAGGACACCUUUGAGCAUGUUGGGCGGGACUCAGAUUUGAGCCAAAAGCUCUUCAAUGAUAAUACUCUUGACCUUUUACAGGAUUUUGAAUUGGCAGGCUCUCCUUCACAGCUGAACGAGUUCUAUGUUGGCGACGAUGCUGCACUUCUCUCCUCCCUGGGCGUUGAUGAUUCCCUAUUGGGAGACAUUAGCAUAAUGAAGCAAACCAAACCAGUUGCCUGUGGCAAUGGAAACAGCUGUACGAAUGUGAAUGGCGCAGACCAGCAGCAGGAUAAGAGUGAGCCGGUGGUCAAGAUGGAGAAGGAUGCAUACAUCCAGCUGUGCACUCCAGGGGUGAUCAAGCAGGAGAAGGAGAGCAAGCGCUACUGCCAAAUGAGCGGCUCAGACGUGCCCAGCCUCCUCAGUUCCUCAGUUUCGGAUUGUGCCAUCAGCACCACGGAAGGACAAAGCUGCCCUUUUGGAGUUAAUGCUUCUGUAGUCACUGUGCAGCAGCAGGACCAGAAGCCUGUGUUCAACCUGUACCCGGCACUGUCCGCUGUCGGAGAGAGUUGGAAUAGGGGCCAAGGGUUCGGGGAGACCACUGGAAUACAAAGGGCAAGGGAAACCCAAUCUGGUUCUUCACCUUUCCCUGUUAACUUCAUCAGUUCUGCAGCCAGAACAGCUGUCGGCGGCUCUACACCUUCCGCUCCCGGAAAGCCAAGUGGUCCAGCUCACAAAAUAUGCCUUGUGUGCUCAGACGAAGCUUCAGGCUGCCAUUACGGGGUCCUCACCUGCGGGAGCUGCAAAGUGUUCUUCAAGAGGGCUGUUGAAGGACAGCACAAUUACCUGUGUGCAGGGAGAAACGAUUGCAUCAUUGACAAGAUCCGCAGAAAAAACUGCCCAGCUUGCCGUUUCCGCAAGUGUCUGCAAGCGGGAAUGAACCUCGAAGCUCGGAAAACCAAGAAGCUGAACCGAUUAAAGGGAGUGCAGCAGGCCCCUGCGGAGCCAGUCUUGCCUCCCCUGCCAGAGGCCCGGCCGCUGGUGCCCAAGUCCCUGCCCCAGCUCGUGCCCACCAUGCUGUCUCUGCUCAAGGCCAUUGAACCUGAGACCAGCUAUUCUGGCUAUGACAGCACCCUUCCUGACACCUCGACGCGCCUCAUGACCACACUCAACAGGCUGGGCGGGCGCCAGGUUAUUUCUGCGGUCAAAUGGGCAAAGGCCCUGCCAGGGUUCCGGAACCUUCAUUUGGAUGAUCAGAUGACGCUCUUACAGUGCUCUUGGCUGGUCCUCAUGUCAUUUAGUUUGGGCUGGAGGUCCUACCAGCAAUGCAAUGGAAGCAUGCUCUGCUUUGCCCCAGAUCUUGUUAUUAAUGAGGAGCGCAUGAAGCUUCCCUACAUGAGUGAUCAGUGUGAGCAGAUGUUGAAGAUCUCCAACGAGUUUGUGCGGCUGCAGGUGUCCCACGAUGAGUACCUGUGUAUGAAGGUUCUCCUGCUUCUAAGCACAAUUCCAAAGGACGGACUUAAGAGCCAGGCCAUUUUUGAUGAGAUCCGCAUGUCCUACAUCAAGGAGCUGGGCAAGGCUAUUGUUAAGCGUGAAGAGAACUCCAGCCAGAACUGGCAGAGGUUCUACCAGCUCACCAAGCUCCUGGACUCCAUGCACGAGAUAGUGGGAGGACUCCUGAACUUCUGCUUCUACACAUUUGUGAAUAAAUCCCUGAGCGUGGAGUUUCCUGAGAUGUUGGCAGAGAUCAUCAGUAACCAGUUACCAAAAUUCAAAGCUGGGAGCGUGAAGCCACUUCUCUUUCAUCAGAAAUGACAGCCUUACAGUGCGACAAGAUGCCUUAAAUUCCACCAGCUCACCCCGCUACGCGCAAUGUGCUACACCCGGACAAGACAUUCAGAAAACACGGAAGGGAAAUGGGACAAGCCUGUGCAGGUGGUAGAAGCCAUGAGGACAGGAGUGUAAAAGAAGGAAGACUUGCAAGGGAAAGACACUGAACCAACACGCAUCAGAGUGGUAAAAUCUUGACUAAAAUGCUUUUCUCAUUGUAUAAACUUAAAACACUGUCUAGUGAAAUAUAACCGCGUGGACAGUGCUGAUGCUCACAUUUUAGCAUUUUAUAGGCCAGUCACCAUUAUAUGAGCUUCAAUGACAAAACACACACAUAGUUUAAUAUGUUAAUAUUUCAUUGUGGACAUAAAUGCAAAUUACUAUCACUUUUUGGCAAAUUGCCAACAAUUAGCAGCAGAUAUUUUUUAUGUAAGGGAUGCCAAAUGUGAAAAAAUACAUUUAUGAUUUAUUUAUAUCAUCUAUGAAUUAUAACAUGUCUUGAGUUUAGCAUUCCUUUGAAUUGGCCCAAAAUAUUUUAAAAAACAUUUUUUUAAAGAAUAUUUUCUACAGUUAAGUCAUUCAGUUUGUGCAUGCAGAGUGCUUAAAAGGAUUACAAAUGUAUAUCAGAAAAGGGAAAAGAUGUGCCUUUUUUUAGCUUUGGUGUGUGAUUUUAGCCAUUCUCUUCAUCUGUCCAUGGCGAGUAUUUUUCAUAAAAUAACAAUUGACCCUCAUAUUUGUAUGAAUUUGUUUUAUAUUAUUGCACUGGCAAUUUUCUGCUUUUUGAUAGCCAUGUGUAUUUUUCUGAAGGGGGCAGCUCAAUAUGAAUUAAAACCUUAGACAUAAGGUAUAAGCAUCCAGAACAUACUAGUUUUUCAUAUUGUUUUCAUGUGCUUUUCUCAUUAUAAAAUAUUUUUUCAACACUUUCAAUUCUUUCUCUAAUCUCUGCUUUAAUAAAGCAGUUUUAAACUCAGAGUAGAGGCCGGUUUGCUGUACAUGAUGUGACUGUUUAAUCAAUAAGCUUUAUAAUUUAGAUUGGAAUUGGGCCUAAUGACAAACACCAAUACCUAAUACUUUGGUUACAGUUAUUUUAAUUUGAGGGAAAAAAUCCUUGAUAGCUAGACUUAGUUUAAACAGGGUAGGUAUUAUUGGCCAACCAACAUUAAAGCACAGAAUCAGGUUUUCAUGACUUUUAAAUAAGGCAAAAGAAACCAGUUGCCUGGAGUGGUAUUCCGAUAUGAUGAAAUGUUAAAGCUGCUACCUUUAAGUAUAAGCCAUCCUUGAUUCCCAGCUCUACGAGGUGUGUCACUUGCUAUUUUUCAUACCUAUUGGAUCUACGCCACUGUCUAACUGCAGCAUCUUUAACCGUCCUUAAAUCUACAAUGUCUACACCACCGUCUAAUCUAGCAUAUUCGCCGUCAUCCAAGCCUCGCCUCCCAUUGUCUUUGGAGCACCAGUUGGUUUGUCGCAUGUUGCUGUUCCUCGUCGUUUGGUGUCUGAGCGCAUUUCAUUUGGUGAAAUGUUUGUUUUGUUUUGAGUUUUUACAGCUCUCCUGAUCAUGGACGAGCUGAAGUAUGGUUUGGGAGAGGAGUAGGGCGAUACUCGGGGAAUUUCUAUAUCUAGGUUUUGCUCAUACAUUUGUGUUCAUUCUGUGCCAAACAGUUUAAUUUUCAUUUGUAUGUUUUUUGUGCUCGUCUUAACAUGUUUAUAUAAAAAGGAGGAAAAAAGCUGGAUCGUUUUCUUACUGUUAAACAAUAUUUUCUUUUAUUUAAGACCUGAAUAAAAACAGGUAAUGUGUGCUUGUCUGUCCAGGUUUCCAUUGUUUGGAAAAGUGAUAGAAAGACUGGGGUUUCACCAGCAGACAAAUUCUUCGUUAUUCUUCACUGGUUGCGUAUUUGAUUGUAACGGAUAUUUGACAUGCACAUAUUAGAAAUGGAGGUUAUUGAUAUUUUAAAUGUCGUCACCAGCACAGCAUCUGGUUUCAGUUCAAAUGGUUCCCCACAGCUUUUUGGUUCUACACCGUGCACAAGUGCAUUCAUUGGGUUAAGCUGUCGAGAGAGAGCACAAAACGGGUUAUGAUACCCCAGGAAUGAGCAGUUUUGAAAGGUGUAUUUGCAUGUAUGUAUAUAUGCAAGUUCCUUCAGAAGUGUAGUGUUGGAAAUUGCCUAACUAACGGUUGAUAAUUGAAAACCAAAAGGUUGUUUCCAAAGGUUGUUUUUUGUAACAGUGUUCAAUUCCAAAAUCCACAAUCCAUGUACUAUUUUGUUUGUUUGUUCACUAAUUCAGCUAAUGUUAUGAGAUUAUUUUUUCAUUUUAUACAGCUUUUUCAAUAGCCUGAUAACAUUUUGAGUUUUUAACUGUAUAUUUUUUUAUUAUUUCAGAAUGUUUCUUACAUGUCAUCAUUUGUUUAUCUGAAUUGCUAGUCAGAGCAAAUCUAGGUGUUCUUGCAUUUAAUGAAAUUGUCUGAUGCUUCCAUACUUGGAGACAGUUGAAAUAAGGUAAGAAGAGAUUUAAGUUUUUUGUGCGAGUUCUCAUACCAGAGAAGACUUGGAACAUUUUGUUGAGUUACGCGUGUUUUCUUAAACCAUAAUCUCAGGCAGGUCAAAUUCCAUAAUGGCUCCCAAGACUAUUGAAAAAAAAUUAUCUGUAUUGUAGAAAACUUGAUUUUGUAUGAGUUUUGGAUUACUUUCACAUACAGUCUCGCAGGAAGCAGCUUGAAAUUAGCAUGUAAAUCACUUUCAUAAAGGUGAAGAUUAUUUCAUGUUGCAAAAUGUAUUUUGCAAAUAUCAAAUGAAUGUAAAAACAUAUUAAGGGCAAAGGUUUUACAUUAUCCUACCAUUUCACCCCCUUUUUAGCCAAGGCUUUAACUCCAGUACCCUCUGCACUGUUAUCAGAUUUUUUCAACCUGGUCCUAUGUACCAUCUACAGGCUUAAAAUUUGCCUUGGUGGUAUAUUUACCCCUGGUUGAAAACUUAAGAGUAUUGUAAUAUAUUUCAUGGUGACAAUUAGAAUUCUGAUUCUAGAAUUGGAAUUCUAUUUCAAUUUGCACAAAAACAACCCAUGAGAUUAUGCAUUGAUUCAGGAAAUCUAAUAAGAAUUGUACAUGCUUCAUUUAUUUUGUUUGUUAAAGGGGUAAAAAAAAAUGUGGUCCUGGGUAACUUGGCUUCUAAAAUGCAUUUUCUCCAUGUACAGGCUUGGCCCUGUAGCCGAGGAAUAAACAGAUUCAUUAUGACCGUUACCAGGGGUUUGCAAUGGGAGGAUAUGGCCGUCUUUUUCCCAUCAUGGUUGGGUAGGCAUAAGUUCAUCAGCUUUACGGUGCACAAGUGCACCAUAGCUACCUGCUGGCCAUUUUCUGGACCUCUCUUCCAUUUGGCACCUUUCCUGUAGUGCAUUGUGUGGCCUGUAGUGUGAAAAAUAGUCACGUCAAGGAGGCAAGUGGGUGCACUUCGGCUAUAGUUGUACCUGCUCGGAUGUAGGAAGCACGGUAGUGACAUGACAGCAUGGUUCAACUGACCCUUCAAAAUCCGAGACAAAGAAGGAAGAAAAAUACUUUGAUGGGCACACUACCUACUUCUGUUGUAAUAUGCAGAAUGGUUUUGUCUUCAGUUGAUUCAUAUAAUCUAUUACAACAAGAAUGGGUGCUGUUUUGGUUGUUUUGUUGACAAAGAACUGUAUGCAAAUGGGGUUGAUGAUGAAUUUCUGACUUGUAAAUAAAUGUAAAUUGUGUACCACAUUGGGGAAAUUUUAAUAAAUUGUCACACUUUCAAUAAAUCACACACUUUAAAUAAAACGGGAAACAGGAGAGUAUAUUUUAUAUAUAAUUUUUAUUUAUUAUUAUUUCAUAUAUCACAAAACAACAAUGACCAAAGCCGAUAAACAGAAGGUAAAGCUCAUCAUUAUCAAUAAUGAAUUUUUUGGUUUUUGUCAUUUUUAUUUUCUUUGUAAUUGUUUAGCACCUUGGUCUCUUGUAAUAACUGUGAAAAUCACCCAAUCCCUAAAAAUAUAAACUGUGUGUGAAAGUAAUCAGCUAACUAGAGCCUGAAAAUUUGCACUACCCUAAAAAAAGUGGAUAAAAAAAAAAUAUUUUAUAGAUUAUAAGAUACAUGCAAUUAAGUGAUCAUUAAGGGCAAAUAAGUAUUCACUGGCAUAUGGUUUUCUUUUGCUUGUAUUUCAAUUAUGUAAAUGUAUUCCAGUGUAAAGAGCGAAGUGUAUUAGUAAAAAAAAUAGUUUUCUAUUCUGUAUUAUAUCUCCUCUCUAGUAAAUGUCUAUCUUUUCACCCAGUAGAUCAAAUGUUUUUGACUAAGUUUUUUUUUUUUUUUUUUUUUUGUGUGUGUGUGUGGUACUUUUAAAAACUUUUACAUUUGUACUCUGAUAGGUAUGAUGUUAAUGCUAUUGUACAGAAAAAAUGGUAAGUUUAUUGUAAUCGCUUAUAACACAGUUAAGAUGAGAAAUCAUUCAUAUAAUAAAUGCGCUUUUCCAUUUA